UCGUUUACCUUUUUACACUUUAAUGUUGCAGCCAAUACCCUUAUAGUUGUACCCUUAAGGGUACUAUAUAAUUUGUAUUUGCCUUUCUUGUCUUUUUUCUUACUACGAUUUUUGACAAUUUAACAUGCGUGUGAGUUAAGUCAUUUCACGUUAAACGACACUACAAGCUUAGUUUCCCUUGUUUCUAAAUUCUCACUGAGCAUGAAAUUGCAUGAUGAGUUUAUUGUGGAGUUCUUCCACUCUUUUAUGUCGAUAUUUAAAAUUCUGUUGUCAUUCAAGUAGAGGCUGUUGAUCUUUUUCUUCGUAUCCUUUCCCCAAAACUGGUCUAUAUGUUAACACAGCAUCUGAGUCUCUGCCUGUGUAUUUUGGGUAGAGUUGCAGCUUUCUCUUUGUGUCUCUGUCCUUGGUGCUGAACCUCGCUGUUGCUCUUGAUGUAUUUUCAGCAGCAACAUACCUCUGUGUUGUAUUUUUUCACAUUUUCAGCAUUUUAGAUUAAUUUCACUUAUGAAUUUGAGACAUUUCUGUCCCAUUUUGUAAUUAACAUUCGGGCUCUGUAUUACAGUUAUAGUUUUUGUGAUUGGGAACAUACAUUUUGAGGGGUUCCAACGUGUGUAACAAUUAAUGUUGUUGGCCAAAGGCUGUGGAGUUGAGAUGUUUGAUGUCAUUUUAUGUUAAUCAAAAAUUAGGAGGGUCGUUUCCUUAGGGCUCUGCCCUUUUUACCAUGUGGGCACACACACUCAGACUCCUCGUGUCUCUCUCCAUGAUGCUGAAUACAGUUUUAUCUCGAGCCGAAUCUUAGAGGCAAUGUGCCAUACCUCUAUUUUCUGUGUAUGUAUUCAGAAAAUACAAACAUAUAGCCACAUUGUAGUAGGAUGUAAGACAAAUUCAUGUGUAAAAAUCCACCAUAUCUCUCUAAUACAGUAUUUAUGGUGUUAGUUUAAAGUUGUUGUUUGUUUUUUUAAAUGGAAAAAAAAAACAUUUUCAACUUCUAAGCUUAGGCAUUUCUUAAACUGUGGUGUUAUGUUUUUCUAGGACUAAUGAGGUACUUUGUAAGGCUUUCUCUUUUAAAUCGUGUUGUAUAGAAAACAAUACAAAAAAGUACUCAAGGUGCCAGCUUAGACUAAUAAAGGAGAUUGCACGUUCACUCCCCACCCAUUUAUGUCAGCAAAUUUUAAGCCUGUUUCUAUAAUUGUACAGCAGACUAAAAGCGCUUCACAGUCCAACGGUUUUUGUAUAUUCGAGAAAGACACGAAUGCAUCGUUGAUAAAUCUUGUGGCAAAUUUAAAUGUGUAGUGUUCUUUUACUUGUUACUGAGGAUAACAACGUUCAAUACUGUGGCGUAUAAAGCAAAUCUGCCUGAAAACUCUCCUCUGGAUACAUUGGUGAUCACAGUGAGUGCAACUGAUGUAGCUUAUGGUUAAGUUACUUAUGGUCUUAACCAUGUUUCAAAUCACAAUAGCAACGUGUUUUCUUUACACCCUAAAACUGGAGAGGUGAGAGUGGCUGGAGCUAUUGAUCAUGAAAAAUCUUCAUUAUAUGAAAUGCAGAUAAGCGUAAAAGAUGGUGUGGUAUAAGCAACGUUAAUAAUUGAGAUUACAGAUAUGAAUGACAAGGCACCGGUUAUAUAUCUGAAAUCACUGUCUGACUCCAUACUGCUGAUGCAUUUGAAGAUUAUGAUGAUUCUCUUGAGGUAGGAACACAUUUUAUUUUACUAAACCUGUUAUCAACGUCCUCACUUAACCAUUCUGCAGUUUUGCUUUUUGCUUUUUUCAGUAUCAUUGUUCUUUUCUGCGAUUGUGAUUAAAUAGAUGUUUCAAGGAUUUUCUUAAUUCACGAUGAUGCCUAAAGGAAUUUAGAUUUCAGCUUCAUGUCAUAAUGUUAUUUUGUGAUCUUAUCUCACUUUAAAGGUAUCUGCUCACAUGAUUGCCCUUCAUGCUAUAGUAAAGUAAAACCAUUUAGAUUACUUUCCUUUUACUCUGUCCUUGGUGCUGAUCUCCGUUUGAUACUUGAUGCAUUUACUGGGCUAAUUUACCUCUCUCUCUUAUUUUGUUGUCAUUUUUCCCCUUUUUGAGUUUCAUGUUGGUGAAUUUGCUUUGAUAUUGCAUGUUCUAAAUGAUUUAGUUUUUCUAUGUUUUAAUGUCUUGAUUCAAAUAAGUAAUUCCUCUAUGUGAUAUAAUUGUAUGAGCCUCUUUAGAAUUGUUCGUCAGAUUUAGCUUAUUACUGUUUAUCGAUAUUGGGACAGUUUUAGAGGCCUGUGAACAUGUAAAGUGAACCACUUUGUCCGUUCAGCUUGAGCAUUGCUUUCUUUAUCUGCAGUGGUUUUGAUUGAUGUUGAAAAAUGCGUUUUCCCCUAAAUUAUUAUGGUACUCACUUGUUGACAUAUAUGGUAUAUCCUUCUUCAGGUUCUCACAUGAUUUCAUAGUUUUGUAUUCUUCUCCUUGGUAGAUACCAUUCUCUUUUGUUGUACAUGUACAAAGCUAAUUACAAACCUCAGUUGUAGUCACAAUCAGAGGUGAUUUUAAAUAGUUAUUAUACUCGAGGAAUGAGUUUCUAAAACACAAGAUGUUAUUUAUAACGAUCUGAUGUCUUUUGGUACGAUUGUAAGGUCCUUUUGUUAUGUAGAAAUUGAACUUGUUUUGCCAGUGAUGAUGAAGUAAACGAAAGUGCUCGAGAGAGGGAAAACUGUUAAAAUCAUCGCUCCAUUUAAAUGCCAUACAUUGCAAUCACGUUUUUGACAAAGCACCAUGUAGACAUAGUUACAUUUUUUCGUCAAACUCAGAUAGUGUCUUAUUUGAUGCAUUUUACUGUUCCAACAUAUUAAAUGAAAGGGCAGCAUUGUUUUAUUGGGCUUUGUAGCAGCUGUUGGUCAGCCUUUCUUAAAGUAUGCCAACCUUCAAAGUUAAAUCAGUCAACAAUAGCACCAUGUUUAAAUCUCUAUCUGGAAAAACGUCUUCUGUUACUGAUGUUUACACCACCACCAACAACAAUCAAAAUAAUAUUGUGUUGCUCAUCAGGGUAGAUUCAAGCAUUCAUACAAAGACCUUUGGGAGGGAAAUAUGUGUUGGAUGUUUUUGUCUUAUCCAAGUUGUCAAUAUUCUUUUGAGACAAUCAAUAGAUCUGUGUGUCAGUGUAAUGAAUUAUCAUUGAGUACAAAUCUAUUGGUGAUGUGGUUGAAAGCACACAGCACUUCAGUCUACAGUCUGUAACAGAUGGCUCAGUAGGUUUAAUCUCAUUGAUUAAAAUGCUUAAAUAUUUUUUCCUCACAUGCUUUCAAUCUGUACAGUUACAAGGUAAAGUGUUUGUAUAUGAUUAGACCACAGAAGGUAUACCAGAAGAUAUUUAACCACAUUGUCCUCUAUUUUACUUGAUCCUAUCUUAGCCCAGUAAGGUGGAAAUGGAACGAAAGUGCAGCAAGGGAGAAAAAAAAAAAUAUGACCACUGUUUCAUGAAUGAGGUACAGACAAAACAUGUUUGGAACAUCAGUUUAGCUUUUCAGGACACAGUACAGAUUUGAGAUUAAAGGAAACAUUCGCAGAAAUCUAAAAUGAAAGUGUUCCCCGCUAAGUUUCUGUGCUGUGUCUACAGUUUGACAUACCAAACAUUUUUUGAAAACAUAGGGUUCUUUCAGAGAAACACUUUGAAUGUUUUCAAGUUGAGUUUUCAAGUUGAACUUUUGUGUUGCUGUUUUUUUUUACAUCACAAGGGGGACAAAGCCGUCUUGUAUAAGUGUAAGGUAAUCCUAAAAUUGUAAAGCUAUUAUUAUUAUUAUCAUUAUCAUCAUUAUUAUUGUUAUUGUGGUUGUUGUCGCCCUUUUGAUUAACAAGGUUCUCUGAAGGGCUCUAUGUGUAAACCAGCCAAAAUCAUAAAUCGCCUUGUUAUGCCUAACCAAAUACUCAUGGUGUCAGUGUGUACCAGCAAACGAGAAGGCACGGUCAUUCUCCACCCUUCUGUCUCAACCAAUUUAAAGCCUGACUCUGCUGUUGUACCGCAGUUGACAAAAAUGGUUGGUUAUAUUAUCGCAGUGUGAAGAUUUUGUAUAUUGCGGGAAGUCACGGAUUUGAUAUAGUUUGCUAUACUUAGUAGUGGUCUUUCUCGCAGUAACAAUGGGAUACAGCAGAUUUGCGCUGCUCUGCGGCCUUGCUUGUAUUUUUCUUGCCCUCCACUCCGUCUCUGGAGACGUGAGCUACUCUAUCCCGGAGGAGAUGAAACGUGGAUCUGUAAUUGGAAAUAUCGCUAAGGAUCUGGGACUUGAUUUGGGCAGAUUGUCCGCUCGCAAGGCCCGUAUCGAUACUGAGGACAACAACGUCCAGUACUCCGGUGUUAACCUCAAUACCGGAGACUUGAUUGUACAAGAGAGGAUUGACAGAGAAGGGCUUUGUGCGAAAAAGGCAUCAUGUGUUCUAAAACAGGAACUCGUACUGGAAAACCCUUUAGAGCUGCACCGUAUUAGUAUCCGCGUUCAAGAUAUCAAUGACAAUUCACCGCAGUUUAAAGAGGAGUCACUUAAAUUUGAAAUUCGGGAAUCGGCUGUAAAAGGUGCACGGUUUCUGCUGGAUGAGGCACACGAUGGAGACAUCGGAGAAAAUGCUGUUCAGGGCUACUCACUUGAGCAGAAUGAUCAUUUCAAAUUAAAUGUAAACACGAAAUCUGGCGGACGGAAAUACGGUGAAUUAAUCUUAGACAAAGAGUUAGACAGAGAGGAGAAAAGGGAGAUCAUGUUAUUGCUUACCGCAGUCGAUGGUGGCUCUCCUCAGAGAUCAGGCACUGUAGUCAUACACGUCACUGUCCUGGAUGCUAAUGAUAAUGUACCAGUGUUUAGCCAGACCGUCUAUAAAGCAAGUCUGCCUGAAAACGCUCCGCUGGAUACAGUGGUGAUCACAGUGAGUGCAACUGAUGCAGACGAAGGUUUAAAUAGCGAAAUUACCUAUGGAUUUGAUCAUGUUUCCGAUGAAAACCAAGUUUUCUCUCUAAACGUUAAAACAGGAGAAGUUAAAGUGGCUGGGUCUAUUGAUUAUGAAAAAGAAUCGGCAUAUGAAAUGCAGAUCAGCGCCAAAGACGGUCUGGGAUUGGCGUCAUAUGCAACGUUAAUAAUUGAGAUUACUGAUAUGAAUGACAACGCACCAGUCAUAUAUCUGAAAUCACUGUCUAACCCCAUACCUGAGAACGUGCCACCUGGUACAGAGGUGGGCAUCAUUAACGUGCAGGACAGAGACUCUGAGAGUAACAGACAGGUCCGCUGCUCCAUUCAGCAAGGCGCCCCCUUUAAGUUGGUUCCUUCAAUUAAAAACUAUUAUUCUCUGGUGACCACAGGACACCUGGACCGUGAACUAGUGUCUAUUUACAACAUUACAAUCACUGCCGCUGACGAGGGCUCUCCACCUCUGUCCUCCUCUAAAACUGUUGAGUUGUCUGUAGCAGACAUCAACGACAACCCACCGGUGUUUGAGGAGCAGUCCUACAGCGCAUAUGUGGCUGAAAAUAACAAACCUGGCUCCACUUUAUGUUCCGUUACUGCUCGAGACCCCGACUGGAGACAAAACGGCACCGUGAUUUAUUCUCUGUUAGUCGGUGAGGUGAACGGUGCCCCGGUGUCCUCCUAUCUGUCUGUUAACGGAGACACGGGGGUGAUCCACGCUGUGAGGUCGUUUGACUAUGAACAGUUGAGGAGUUUCAAAGUCCACGUGAUAGCGAGAGACAACGGUUCUCCUCCGCUCAGCAGCAACGUGACCGUCAGUGUCUUCAUAUCGGACGUGAACGACAACUCUCCUCAGAUACUGUACCCCGCCCCGGAGGGCAACUCCUUCAUGACCGAGCUGGUCCCCAAAGCUGCACACGGAGGCUCUCUGGUGUCCAAAGUGAUAGCGGUGGACGCGGACUCCGGACAGAACGCCUGGCUGUCCUAUCACAUAGUCAAAUCCACUGAUCCAGGACUUUUCACUAUCGGUGUCCACAGCGGAGAGAUCAGGACACAGCGGGACAUUUCUGAGUCUGACAGCAUGAAACAGAACCUUAUUGUGGCAGUGAAAGAUAACGGGCAGCCCUCUCUCUCUGCCACCUGUUCCAUGUAUUUACUUAUUUCUGAUAACUUGGCUGAGGUGCCAGAACUGAAGGAUAUUUCUUACGAUGAGAAGAACUCCAAGCUAACCUCAUACCUGAUCAUCGCGCUGGUGUCUGUGUCCACCUUUUUUCUGACCUUCAUUAUCAUCAUCCUCGGUGUGAGGUUUUGUCGCAGGAGAAAGCCCAGACUGUUGUUUGAUGGAGCAGUCGCCAUCCCCAGCGCGUAUCUCCCUCCUAAUUACGCAGACGUUGACGGAACAGGAACUUUACGCAGCACUUACAAUUAUGACGCCUACCUGACAACGGGUUCUAGAACCAGUGACUUCAAGUUCGUGACAUCUUACAAUGACAACACACUGCCUGCUGACCAGACUCUGAGGAAAAGUCCAACUGACUUUGCUGCAGCGUUUGGAGAUUGUGAUGACUCUCCAAAGGUAGGAACAGUUGUCACAUCUCGUUUACCUUUUUACACCUUAAUGAUCCCGCCAAUACCCUUAUAGUUGUACCCUUAAGGGUACUAUAUAAUUUGUAUUUGCCUUUCUUGUCUUUUUUCUUACUACGAUUUUUGACAAUUUAACAUGCGUGUGAGUUAAGUCAUUUCACGUUAAACGACACUACAAGCUUAGUUUCCCUUGUUUCUAAAUUCUCACUGAGCAUGAAAUUGCAUGAUGAGUUUAUUGUGGAGUUCUUCCACUCUUUUAUGUCGAUAUUUAAAAUUCUGUUGUCAUUCAAGUAGAGGCUGUUGAUCUUUUUCUUCGUAUCCUUUCCCCAAAACUGGUCUAUAUGUUAACACAGCAUCUGAGUCUCUGCCUGUGUAUUUUGGGUAGAGUUGCAGCUUUCUCUUUGUGUCUCUGUCCUUGGUGCUGAACCUCGCUGUUGCUCUUGAUGUAUUUUCAGCAGCAACAUACCUCUGUGUUGUAUUUUUCACAUUUUCAGCAUUUUAGAUUAAUUUCACUUAUGAAUUUGAGACAUUUCUGUCCCAUUUUGUAAUUAACAUUCGGGCUCUGUAUUACAGUUAUAGUUUUUGUGAUUGGGAACAUACAUUUUGAGGGGUUCCAACGUGUGUAACAAUUAAUGUUGUUGGCCAAAGGCUGUGGAGUUGAGAUGUUUGAUGUCAUUUUAUGUUAAUCAAAAAUUAGGAGGGUCGUUUCCUUAGGGCUCUGCCCUUUUUACCAUGUGGGCACACACACUCAGACUCCUCGUGUCUCUCUCCAUGAUGCUGAAUACAGUUUUAUCUCGAGCCGAAUCUUAGAGGCAAUGUGCCAUACCUCUAUUUUCUGUGUAUGUAUUCAGAAAAUACAAACAUAUAGCCACAUUGUAGUAGGAUGUAAGACAAAUUCAUGUGUAAAAGUCCACCAUAUCUCUCUAAUACAGUAUUUAUGGUGUUAGUUUAAAGUUGUUGUUUGUUUUUUUAAAUGGAAAAAAAAAACAUUUUCAACUUCUAAGCUUAGGCAUUUCUUAAACUGUGGUGUUAUGUUUUUCUAGGACUAAUGAGGUACUUUGUAAGGCUUUCUCUUUUAAAUCGUGUUGUAUAGAAAAUAAUACAAAAAAGUACUCAAGGUGCCAGCUUAGACUAAUAAAGGAGAUUGCAGUUCACUCCCCACCCAUUUAUGUCAGCAAAUUUUAAGCCUGUUUCUAUAAUUGUACAGCAGACUAAAAGCGCUUCACAGUCCAACGGUUUUUGUAUAUUCGAGAAAGACACGAAUGCAUCGUUGAUAAAUCUUGUGGCAAAUUUAAAUGUGUAGUGUUCUUUUACUUGUUACUGAGGAUAACAACGUUCAAUACUGUGGCGUAUAAAGCAAAUCUGCCUGAAAACUCUCCUCUGGAUACAUUGGUGAUCACAGUGAGUGCAACUGAUGUAGCUUAUGGUUAAGUUACUUAUGGUCUUAACCAUGUUUCAAAUCACAAUAGCAACGUGUUUUCUUUACACCCUAAAACUGGAGAGGUGAGAGUGGCUGGAGCUAUUGAUCAUGAAAAAUCUUCAUUAUAUGAAAUGCAGAUAAGCGUAAAAGAUGGUGUGGUAUAAGCAACGUUAAUAAUUGAGAUUACAGAUAUAAAUGACAAGGCACCGGUUAUAUAUCUGAAAUCACUGUCUGACUCCAUACUGCUGAUGCAUUUGAAGAUUAUGAUGAUUCUCUUGAGGUAGGAACACAUUUUAUUUUACUAAACCUGUUAUCAACGUCCUCACUUAACCAUUCUGCAGUUUUGCUUUUUGCUUUUUUCAGUAUCAUUGUUCUUUUCUGCGAUUGUGAUUAAAUAGAUGUUUCAAGGAUUUUCUUAAUUCACGAUGAUGCCUAAAGGAAUUUAGAUUUCAGCUUCAUGUCAUAAUGUUAUUUUGUGAUCUUAUCUCACUUUAAAGGUAUCUGCUCACAUGAUUGCCCUUCAUGCUAUAGUAAAGUAAAACCAUUUAGAUUACUUUCCUUUUACUCUGUCCUUGGUGCUGAUCUCCGUUUGAUACUUGAUGCAUUUACUGGGCUAAUUUACCUCUCUCUCUUAUUUUGUUGUCAUU